GAGAAAUGGUGGACUUUGGAUGGCCUUGUGAUUGAUGAACUGGCGUUGUUUUUACAUUCGCAAUGAGUUUUGUCACCACAGUAGUUCUAAUUCUUUUCGGAUUAUAUAUAGUUAACAGUGUUUAUGUUAUUUAUAACCUUUUUCACGUGCCGACGUGCCAGGGAGGCACAAGGCAAUGCCUUAAACCUCAUGGUAUUAUAGACAAAAAGUUAGAGAUAUCAAUUUAUACAUCACUUGAAGAAAAAAUACAGAACAUCAACAAGAGAAAUUCCAAUUUACUUUGGAAAAGUGAUAGUUUUAGUGUGUCAAAUCAGUUCACAGAAUCAAUAAAUGCAAAUAUACCAAAUGAAACAAGAAACAAUGGAUCACUUUAUGCUCACAUAUAUGUUUAUCAAGCUGGAGUUUCCCCUUUUGAGAGUGAAUAUGUAUCACAUGCCUCAGCUCCUCUGACAAUGUAUUCGCUGCCUAAAGAUGAAUCUAUUAACCUUCUCUCAACGGAAAAACCAAAGAAGUCUAGUGUUACUUCGAAUGAGAUUCCAGUAACCCACUGGAAGCCCAUCCUGAAUUUUCAUGUUCUGAAUGAAAAAGUUGAAUUUGAGAGACAAGCCAUUCCCAGUGAGAUCUACCCUUUCAUCAGAUUAGCUCCUAACAAAGAAUACCUUCCUGUGCUAUACAUAGACCAGCUUGGUGUGAUUUAUAGAUAUCUUAAGCCUGUGAACAAAAGCAGCAGUGAGAUGCAGUUAAAGAUAAACUAUGCACCUAUUUCUCUUGGCAAGCUUCGUAUAUGGUCAUCAGUUCACCAUUCAUUAAAAUCAAUGAAGGAUUUAGGAUUUACUGACAAGGAUUUGGAUGAUGUCAGAGGAAUUUUCACAGACACAAAUCUCUUUCUUCUGGCUCUUACCUUUGGAAUAACAGUUCUCCAUCUUCUGUUUGACUUUUUAGCCUUUAAGAAUGAUAUAAAUUACUGGAAACACAGGGACAGCAUGGUUGGCUUAUCAAUGAGAACCGUCAUUUGGCGAUGUGUGAGCACAUUUAUAAUCUUCUUGUACCUGAUGGACGAGCAAACAAGUCUACUUGUUCUUAUCCCAGCCGGAAUCGGUGUACUCAUUGAAGUUUGGAAGGUUACCAAAGCAUUCAAAGUCAACAUCAAGUGGGAGAAAGGGGCAAGACCUUCUGUACAGUUUGGACAACGGACUUCUAAAGAGAAAGAAACUGAGGAGUUUGACAGCGAGGCCAUGCGUUACAUUUCUUAUGCACUAUACCCUCUGGUGAUAGCUGUAGCUGUAUAUUCACUUCUGUACCAACCACAAAAAAGUUGGUAUUCCUGGAUUGUGCGCAGUCUUGUCAAUGGCGUCUAUGUGUUUGGUUUCUUGUUCAUGUUGCCUCAGCUGUUUGUAAACUACAAGCUUAAGUCCGUGGCACAUCUACCUUGGAGAGCUUUUAUGUACAAGGCGUUCAACACAUUCAUCGAUGAUGUGUUUGCUUUCAUUAUCGUGAUGCCAACCGCCCACCGUCUGGCCUGUUUCAGAGACGACGUUGUUUUCGUUAUUUACCUCUACCAGAGAUGGUUGUACCCAGUCGAUAUGAAGAGAGUCAACGAGUUUGGUGUGUCAUACGAAGACCAGGGAGAAGAGGACAAGCCUCACAAAGACUAGUUAUUUCGUUAAUACUACAAAUGAUAACUGAUAAUUCUCGAAUUCUCGUAGUUAGCACAAAAUAAAAUGCAAAAUUUUAAAACAGGAACUUGCACCAUGACAAAUGCUGCCAUUAAAACCAUGGGCAAUCAUCGUCUUCAGUAUCGCUGAGUAAGCUCCGGGUAUCCUUCACAGCCGUUGUUUGAUCUUGUCAUGCAACGUAGGAGUGGGCUUAGUGUGACGAGAUAUAAGAAAGACUGGGAAAAUAGCAAGUAGCGUCCACACGGUUGUGCGAAGUACAUUAAUGGUUCGGAGGUGGGAUCAUUCUCAGGGGAAGUAUGGCUACAGUACGUGCACGGGCUGACAUGAGAAGAAAGGCCCGAGGUGAAGCCCUACAACAAGGAUGAUCUCCAAGCAGACUUGGUUGAGCGGAAAGAGAGGUACUUCACCCACUACUCCGCCCUCCCCC